AUGGGAUUAUCAACAACUCCACAUCCAAAACCUUAUCCUUUGGGGUGGAUACAAAAGGAUACUAAGCUUCAGGUAACGACACAGUGUUGUUUCGAAUUCGCUAUCACUGAUAAGUUUAUUGAUAAAAUUAUCUGUGAUGAUGUGCCAUUGGAUGUAGCACAAGUGAUUUUUGGAAAUCCAUAUUUAUGGGAACGAGAUGUUGUUCUUUAUCAUAGAGAGCGUGCUUAUUUGUUUAAAAAGGAUGGGAAGGAAUUUGGAAUACUGGCUAGCAAAACCCAUCUACCCAUGAAAAUGGGUACCACUAAUCAAGUCAAGAGAUUGAUUAAUGCCUGUGGUAAAUUCAUUUUAUUAUUAAUCAGACCAAUGAACAUGGGACAAAAGAAAGUAACAUUACAUGCUACACUCUCCAUCAAACAAAAAAGUGAGAUGAGUUCAUUAAAGAAGCAGUUUGUGGAUUUAUUUCAGGAAGAGGUUAUUAUACCACCUAAAAGAAGUGUGGAACAUGAGAUUACACUUGUUGGAGAUGCCUCUUUACCAAACUUGGGGUUAUAUAUAACCUCUAUAACUGAAUCUGAAGAAAUCAAGAGACAAGUACAAGAGUUACUUGAACAAAGGAUGAUAGUGCCAAGUUGUUCCCCAUGUGGCUCUCCAGUUCUACUUGUACCAAAGAAAGAUGGAGGAUGGAGAAUGUAUGUAGAUUACCGAGCUUUAAAUAAGAUUACUAUAAAGAAUAGAUAUCCAUUACCAAGGAUUGAUGAUCUUCUUGAUCGAUUAGGAGGUGCAGCCAAGCUAUUCUUCCACCAUGUUUGGAAAAAUUUUGGGCUACCCACAUCCAUUAUCUCUGAUAGAGAUAGUCGCUUCCUAAGUCAGUUUUGGACCAAGUUAUGGAGUCUAAUGGAUAUAAGGCUCAAGCGUAGCACUGCAUUUUAUCCUCAAACAGACGGACAAACAGAAGUAGAACUUUGGUUCAUCUUUUAA